AUGGAGCACCGCGACCACAGCAGGACAGUGUGCCUUGGGAUAUCCGACGUCGCCCUGGAAUUCGUCAUGGGCCACAUCGACGACACCAGGGACCGGGACGCCAUCUCUCGGGUCUGCAGAAAGUGGUAUCACAUCGACUCCAUAACCCGGAAGCACAUCACCAUCGCGCUCUGCUACUCCACCACUCCCACCCGCCUCUGCCAGAGGUUCCCCAGACUGGAGUCGCUCAAGCUCAAGGGGAAGCCGCGGGCGGCCAUGUUCAACUUGAUACCAGAGGACUGGGGAGGGUACGCUAGGCCCUGGAUCAAUGCGAUCGCAGGAGCCUUGGACUGCCUCAAGGAGAUUCACCUCCGGAGGAUGAUUGUGAAGGAUGUGGACCUUGAGGUGCUAAUUAGAGCUCGGGGGCCCAGGCUUGUCGUCUUGAAGCUGGAUAAGUGCUCCGGAUUUUCUACCGAUGGUCUGAAGCUACUUGCCCGUUCUUGCAGGUAUCCGCUUACCAUAUCAUUUUUGUGAUAUCUGGUCCAGUGUCAUUCGUAACAUCUCCCCCUACUCAUUCUGUCGGUUUGUUCUGUCUCACCUGCCUCUUCCGAUGUGUCGGGGACAAUCAACCGUGAGUUUGUACCCUGCACCUCAGAAGAUUCUCGCGUUUAUGGACGCUUGAUGCUGAAUGAUUGUUACUCGAGCAAGAGGGAACAUUUCGUGUCGUUGUACCGCCAUCGUCCCAGUUGAAUCCAUGUUCUAUUUUAGUAGUACAGUCACCCAGUUAUCUGGGAAAGAACAGAAGUAGGAGUUGAAAUCGGCGAGACUGGCCAGGAGCAUGCGCCAGCGUUCCCGUCCGAAGAGUUCUUGGUCCGACGACGUUGUUCAACUUUUUCCCGGGUGUCUAAAGGUUAUUUGCAACUUUUCGGGCUGCUGGACGCCGGAAAACUUCUGAACGGAGUGCUGCACCGGCGUAUACUGAGGGUUGACUGGCGCUACAGGCAGGAGUAGCCGCCGUUUCGGGGCUUGUCAAGAUCUAUGCCCAGCAUCUGUGUGGCACGAUCGAUUCGAUUUGGGGCCGGGGGGAGAGAGGGGGGGGUGGGGUGGGUGUGAACGGAGAUAGACUAUAGAGGAGGUGGGACCGUGUCACUCCCUAAUCUCCCACAUUCAUAGUUUCGUGUACUUCAUUACUACCCAGUAGGUUUUGCGUUACCCUUUAGACGAUGGCAUGGCAUUUGACCACAUCGAUCUUGCGCAGUUGCCUGAGGACCCUGUUUCUGGAAGAGAGUUCCAUCACCGAGAAAGAUGGUGACUGGCUACACGAGCUCGCCGUCAACAACAGUCAUCUGGAGGCUUUGAAUUUCUACAUGACCGAGCUCCGAGCCAUUUCAUGCGACGACCUACUGCUGAUAGCCAAAAACUGCAGGUUCUUGACGUCCCUAAAGAUCAGCGAUUGCGACGUCCUCGAUCUCGUAAACUUCUUCCGUGCAGCUACGGCGCUGGAGGAGUUUGGCGGGGGUUCAUUCAACGACCAAGGGGGAGCAGCGCACGGGUAUCAGGUCGUCCGGUUUCCUCCCAGGCUUUGUCGUCUGGGUCUGAGCUUCAUGGGAACGAACGAGAUGCCAAUAAUUUUCCCAUUUGCUACGAAUCUGAAGAAGCUGGACCUGCAGUUCACGUUUCUCAGCACCGAGGACCACUGCCAACUAAUUCAGAAAUGUCCCGCACUGGAGGUUCUCGAGGUACUGUUCCUCCCGGCACCCUGCGUCUCCUCCCCCUCAGAGCGCCGUUCGGUUCUCCAAGUUAUUUACUUUUUGGCCGCUCGGCGGCUGAUGGAUGAUAAGCAGGUGAGGAACGUGAUAGGGGACCGAGGAUUGGAGAUCGUUGCCGAGCGAUGCAAGAAGCUGAGGAGGCUCAGGAUAGAGAGAGGGGAGGACGAAUACGAGGACGAGCAGGGGAAGGUCUCACACAGGGGCCUUUCGGCCCUAGCGCAGGGCUGCUUGGAGCUCGAGUACCUUGCGGUGUACGUGUCCGACAUCUCCAACUCGGCCUUCGAAACCAUUGGCGCCUUCAGUAAGAACAUGCGAGACUUCCGGCUAGUGUUGCUCGACCGAGAGGAGAGGAUAACGGAGCUACCGCUGGACAACGGGGUGCGGGCUCUCCUGAGGGGAUGCACCAAUCUGCAGAGAUUCGCCCUCUACCUCCGGCAUGGCGGGUUGACGGACACUGGGCUCCGCUACAUCGGGCAGCUGAGCAGGAACGUCAGGUACAUGCUUUUGGGGUACGUGGGAGAGUCCGACGGGGGCCUCCUGGACUUCUCGAGGGGAUGCCCCCAGCUGCAGAAGCUGGAGCUGAGGGGAUGCUGCUUCAGCGAGCGGGCGCUGGCGCUGGCGGUGCUGCGGCUGAGCUCGCUCAAGUACCUCUGGGUGCAGGGCUACAACGCCUCCCCCGACGGCGCCGACCUUCUGAACAUGGCGCGUAGAUUCAGGAACAUCGAAUUCAUUCCCCCCCGGAAGCUCUACGUGGAAGAUCCCGACCGGGGCACCGUGGCCAUCGAGCAGCCCGCGCAGAUCCUUGCCUACUACUCCCUCGCCGGCCAGAGGAACGACUACCCGGACUCCGUCGUCCCCAUCCACCCCUCAUAA